AAUUAGCAUAACAAAUAUGCAAGACAAACAAGUGUACUUGUCGUCUCAGGAGAUGUCAGCUGAGCACAGGAGAACUCAGGGUGACAGUUGGGACGCAGUCUACAGCAGCACAACUCUGAGGUCAGCGCUACGAAGACUUUUACCCCGUACAAUGCUUGCAGGGCGAAACGGAAACAUAAAUAGCUCAACCGAAGGAAAACUUGAAGGAUUGAAUGAAUUGGAGGAUACUGUGGGAAGUGGAUCAUCUUUUGCUGAUAUCUGGGACAACUCAAGCGUCGAGAUCAGAGACCAAGACAAAGGAGACUACAAUGCUACAACAAGCUUGUUGCUAACUUGUAAAAGCCAGGUUAUUUAUCCUUAUUUCUACAUCCUCUCCUUGGUUGCCUGGCGACCAUUUAAUAUUCAAUCCUUUCGUUACCAAGGAUGUUCAAUGCGGAAAUUCUUGAACAUUAUAUACACACUGAUUAUUUUUGUCCUGAUUAUCUUCAGUUAUGUGUCAAGCAUAUUAGCUUGUCAAGCCAGGCUAGAGAUACCUUUGACACCAGCAACAAAACUUCCAAAAUCUCAACCAAAUUCUCACCAUGGCAACAUUAACACAGCGCCAACAAUGCCAACAACAAACCACACAAAUAAAACAUCAACUUCAGCAGUCAUGGAGUGUACUCAUAUAUUUAGCACAUACGUGGUACCAGAUAUUCUUCACUUUCUAGCAUUUUUGAUCGGAUUCUACAUGUUUAGGAUUCAAGAGAGUGAGGGCCUCCAUGCACUGAUAGAAAAGGUUUUUUUGCUUAGUUCAGUUCCCAGAAGAAUCACCUCAAGGCUGCGGUUUUUCCUUUUUGGUGGUUUUUUCAUAGUGUUCCUGGGCAUCUGUAAUUUUAUUUUGUUUUGUUUUGCCUACAAUUUGGAGUCAGUCACAGGAUUCAUAAAAAACCCAAGAGCUCAGCGGAUUGCAGCAGUUGUAAUGGGACUGGGCCGACUUGUAGAGUUAUGUGUCAGUGUUGUUACUAUUGUAAAUUACUGUGCACAGUGUGAAUUGUUGAUUUUCUAUAUUCGUGAAAUUACAUUGCGCAUGGAAGAGAAAACCAAAGAUCUUGACAGCAUAAUGAAGGACAUUCUUGAAGUAAAGAAAAAUCUCUCCAGAGUGAAUGGACUUAUAUCAGUGAUUGCAACUCUUAUAAUAUUUAGUUACUUUGAACUUUCUGUGAUAGGGGUUUGUAACUUGUCACUUCAGUUUAACAAAUUAUUAGUAGAAUGGAGAAAACUGAUGUACAGAAUCUUUAAACCACUGAUAAGUUUUGCCAUCAUCAUUUUCCCUAUAACUAUCGCUGCUCGUUUGACUUCAGCUGCUCGUAAACUUAAACAGAAUAGUUUGCAGAUCAGAGUGUUUGGAUAUCCUUCUGCUUCUCAACUGGAUUUGGAUUCAUUUGUAUUGUUUACACACAGUGCUGAAAUGAAGGCCAAGCUGCUGUUUAUGCCAGUUCAAUUCUCUUUUCUGUCUGGUGUUGUGGCAGUAGUGGUGUUUGUACUCCUACUCAUGUUACAGUUGGGCAUUAUUGCUGGCAAGAAUAAAUACCUUUGAGAGGAGGACCCCAUUGUGAAGAGGACCCUUAUGUGAAGGGGACCCUGAUAUGAACAAGACCCUGAUGUGAACAGGACCUUGAUGUGAGCAGGACCUUGAUGUGACACUUAUUUGUGCCCCUGGCAGAGAGGAUCAAAAAGACUACCUACAGUUUAUCUAAAGAAGUAAACCUAAGCAAAUGGCUUGGAUAACAGUGGGUGAUCAGCAUUUAUGACAUCCUUUGUGCUUCAUUCAUCUUUUCUGUCUUAAUUAAUUUAUCAAUCAUAUUAAUUGAUUUUCAAGCAAAAACCUGUAAGGGUAAGAUAUCUGAAAAAUAAUAUCUUUGAAUGAAGUAUUCAAAUUUCUACCAUAUCUACCUUUUGUUGAGCAUUCUCUUGUGAGAGAAACUUUUUUUACGUUAAAAGAGCUGUGUUGCUGGUUCACUUUAAUUUUGCUUUUUGUAUGAAAAUUUCCUUUGAAUUUUUUCUCAAUGAAAAAAGAAAAAAAACAGGUUUUCUGAUAAAUUACUGCAUAGACCAAUGUCAAAUAUUGAAGUAGAUAUGCAAGUAACAAUUUUCUGGAAAAAAGAAGUUUCAUUUGUUGCAUUUGGUAUCCAGCAAGUUAUUAGCAAAUGUACUCCAUGUUGCUGCAGGUCUUUUCAGGAAUAGAUCACAGAUAACAUCAAAAUGUAGUUAAAACAACAAAGUAGCACAUGAAGCACAGCCGAGUGUGUCACUGAUGCUUUUGUCCUCUUCAACAGAUCAUGAGUAAGAACCGAUCAAAAAAUGAGUGAAUAUUUUAGCUUAUCAUAUAAUGAAUAAUAACAGCAAUUGAAGAAAUGACUGAUGUAAAAAUCCAUUUGCUAGUCUUCGGCAUAUAAUUUGAAUAUUGUCAAUGACAAAUGUUGCAGAUAUAUUUUUAUAUAUCUGCAUUAUAAGUGUCCCUCUUUCUCAUGAAGAUUACUUUGACAGUAGUAUAUUGAACAAAGUAUGAUAACUUGAUUAUCUAUUUGUGAAGAAGAAUCCAUUGUGAACAAGACGUGCUUACUAGUGAUGUAAGAUUUAUCGUUCACAAAGAAAUUCUCUUUAAAUAUUGUUUACAAAGAUUACCGGUAUCUGUAAUAUGUAAUAAUUAUUGAAACUGUAAUAAUUGUAAAAUCUGUAAUAAUUAUUCUAAACUGUACAAAAUUUGAAGAUUGUUAUAAUUAUUACCAUUGUAAUAAUUAACAAAUUUUCCGAACUCGUAAAGCAAUGUGAAAUAUAAGAAUAUUUCUAGAUGACAAUGUACUCGA